AACACACACACACACACACACACACACGCAGAGAGAGAGAGAAAGAUAGAGAAGCACAAGGCUAAACACAUACGGAUACGCACACCUAGAGACAUAGCAACGGAUAGCCCAAAUUAGAAAUCAUACAUGUGAAUGCACUGUGAUGCGUGCAAUUCUCUGGAAAUAAGAAGUGAGUCAAGAUGAAAGAUAUAUCGGUGGCUUUUUGGCUGAUGACGAGUGUGCUAGGAACGACAGCAACACUAAACGCUGGCAGAACGAAGAAUUUCCAAAUAGGCGACGCCAUAUACGAUCUUAAGUACGAAGGAUGUUAUUCGCAAGACGACUGGGCGUCCGGCAGCUCGAUAGGAAGCAAGGACGCGGACACGGUAGAGGAGUGCGCUGAGGCUUGUUCGUCGCAAUCUCGGCCCUACGCCGUCGUGCGCAACGUCGCGACUGACCCCUGCCGAUGUCGAAGCACCUUACCACCAAGCAGCCGAAGGAUCGUCGCUGAUUAUUGCGAAAGAACGUGUGGCGUCCAGAGAUUGAAGUGUGGCAGUUCAUACUAUAGAUGGACGAGGGCGUCGGUGUACGACGUCCGAGAGUUAAUGCGUGCGUAUGCAUCUCACCUUUAACGCAUCUCACGUAAAACGCAUGUUUGAAA